GUCAUAUCUCCUUUGAUUGCUCUCAUGAGUGACCAAGUGUUCCAACUGGAACAACACGGGGUGAAAGCUAUUGCUAUAGACAAAGAAACCACAGAUCAAGAUAUACAAGAGCGUGCUCUUACCAAGUUUUGGAGACGAGCCUUUAUGUCGGAAUGUUUGAGGAAAUCUGUGUGUUUACUGGCAAUAGACGAAUGCCAUUGCCUAAGCGAAUGGGGAGAAGACUUCCGACCAGUGUAUCGUGAAUUGAGAUCACUGCGAAGCGUCAUCGAGGCACCAAUGGUUUGUCUAACUGCUACAGCAGACACAGUUGUGAGAGACGACAUCUUCAAAUCUCUGUCAUUGUCCAGCUCGGACACAGUCACAGUUGCCAAAUUACCAGACAGGCCAAACAUAUUCCUUGAUUUCCGGAGAUCCAAACAGAAAAUGAAGGACGAUCUGACAUGGAUAGUGGACGAAUUGGUGGAUAGGGGCACAGCAACACCCAAGUUCAUAAUUUAUUGCAGGUCGACUUCGGAAGUUACAAAUGUGUAUGAAUUCAUCAGGGACGAGCUUCAUGAACAGGGACUUUCUGAAGAUAUGGAAACCACACUGGUUGAACAGUUCCACAAAUCACUAGAUGAUGACACUAGAGAGGCUAUUCUUGUGCAGUACCGUCAGAAGACCAGCUCACUUCGAUGUCUGGUUGCUACAGUAGCUUUUGUAAGCAUGCAGAUACCAGAUAUACGUGUAGUCGUUCACUGGGGUGUGCCUAACAGUGUUUUAACAUACUGGCAGGAGGUGGGGAGGGGUGGCAGAGAUGGUAGCGGAUGUAUGGCCGUGACCUAUUGUUAUGGUCGCAGUCUGGACCCUCGAGGUACUAAACAGUCUAUGAGGGAUCUUGCACGUGAGGCAAUGGCAGGUGACCUGUGUGUCAGACAUCUAGUGUUGAAGAACUUUUCUUUUAACCCCGAUUAUAUUACGGAACAGAAAAAACUGUGCACAUCUGGACCUUGUGACGGCCGUGAUCUCGACGUUGUCCAGGUGGAACAGCCUGCCGUGGAAGGCUGGUGUUAUUGUCCAUUCGUCCUCGUCGUUGCGGAUCAGGUUGUAUCGCAUAUUCUUGACCGCUCCUUCGGUAUCAACUUGCAAGGCGUACAGUCAACUCCACGCUUGUCCCCGAGGUCGGAGAUCGCUUUAUUUUCUAAUUGCGCUGAUCAAAAGUUUGGUUUGAACCAGGAUGUCAAUAACGUGAGUCGAGUCGUGUCACAGUACGAAACGGGCAUUGUGGCACUGACACCGGAAGAAGUAGCAUCACCACACCAACAACAGCAGCAGCUGCCCCCAUAA